UCUCCCCUCCCCCCUCCGCUUACUUCCGUUUCCGGGUCCCUCUCCUCCCGCCGCCAUUUUGGUUCCCUCCAGCCUGAGACUCGGAAGCGGCGAGAGAGGCCCCGGGGCUCGGAGCCGGAACCGGACCAGCUGCCGAAUGUCCAGCUCGCCGCUUUCGAAGAAGCGCCGUGUGUCCAUCUCUGCAACAGAAUCGAAGACUGCUUCCAACUGCUCCUCCGUCAACUCCCUGCGGACUGAAUCCCCUGCCACUCCUGCUAACGGAAUGGCCAAGAAUGGAAAUGAUGCGGAGAUCGACGAGGGCCUGUAUUCCAGGCAGCUGUACGUCCUUGGUUACGAGGCUAUGAAGCGCAUGCAGAAUGCUAACAUCUUGAUAUCGGGCAUGCGUGGCCUGGGUUUGGAGAUCGCCAAGAAUGUCAUACUGGGCGGUGUGAAGACUGUGACUAUCCACGACCAGGGUGUUGCAGAGUGGGUGGACCUGUCCUCCCAGUUCUACCUCAGUGAAGCCGACCUCUCGAAGAACAGGGCUGAGGUGUCCCAGCCCAGGCUAGCGGAGUUGAACACCUACGUGCCAGUGACAGCCUACACCGGAGAGCUGACUGAGGAGUACGUGCAGCAGUUUCAGGUGGUGGUGCUCACCAACUCCAGCCUGGACGAGCAGCUGAGGCUGGGACAGUUCUGCCGCUGCAAAGGCAUCAAGUUCAUCGUCGCUGACACCAAGGGGCUGUUUGGGCAACUCUUCUGCGACUUCGGCCCAGAGAUGAUCGUGUUGGACAUGAACGGGGAGCAGCCGCUGAGCGCCAUGAUCUCCAUGGUGACGAAGGACAACCCCGGGGUGGUGACCUGCCUGGAUGAAGCUCGGCACGGCUUUGAGAGCGGCGACUUUGUGAUGUUCACCGAAAUCCAGGGCAUGAAGGAGCUCAACAACUGUGACCCGGUGGAGAUCAAGGUGUUAGGUCCAUACACUUUCAGUAUCUGUGACACCUCGGCGUUCUCUGACUAUAUACGUGGAGGGAUAGUAACUCAGGUCAAAAUGGCCAAGAAGCUGAGCUUUAAAUCCUUAAAAGCAUCGCUGGCCGAGCCGGACAUAGUGACGACAGACUUCGCCAAGUUUGAGAACCCCCCACAGCUUCACCUGGCCUUCCAGGCGCUGCACGAGUUUGUCAAGAAAAACGGCCACCUGCCCAGGCCCAGGAAUCAGGCAGAUGCUGAGGAACUGGUGAACCUGACCAAGGGAGUGAACGAGAAGGUUGCAGCCUGCAGCCGGUUGGAGAAGCUGGACGAGGGGCUGAUCCGGAAGCUGUCCUACGUAGCAGCCGGCGACCUGGCUCCCAUCAACGCCUUCAUCGGAGGGGUGGCCGCACAGGAAGUGAUGAAGUCUUGUACCGGCAAGUUCACGCCCAUCAUGCAGUGGAUGUACUUCGAUGCGAUGGAGUGCCUACCCGAGGAGGACGAGGCCUCGCUCACGGCUGAAACCUGCAGCUUUAGGAACUGUCGUUAUGAUGGGCAGAUCGCGGUGUUUGGCACUGCCAUGCAGGAGAGACUCGCCGAGCUGAAGUACUUCCUGGUCGGCGCCGGAGCCAUCGGCUGUGAGCUGCUGAAGAACUUUGCCAUGAUCGGCCUGGCCUGCGGCGAGGGAGGACAGCUCACUGUUACCGACAUGGACACCAUCGAGAAGUCCAACCUGAACCGGCAAUUCCUCUUCCGGCCCUGGGACGUGACGAAAAUGAAAUCGGAGACGGCUGCUGCGGCAGUGAAGCAGAUGAACCCCAACAUUCGAGUGAACGCCCACCAGAACCGCGUGGGCCCCGACACUGAAAGGGUCUAUGACGAUGACUUCUUCGAAGCUCUGGACGGUGUGGCCAACGCCCUGGACAACGUCGAUGCCCGAAUGUACAUCGACAGGAGGUGUGUGUAUUACCGCAAGCCGCUGCUUGAGUCAGGCACGCUAGGCACCAAAGGCAACGUGCAGGUGGUCAUCCCGUUUCUGACCGAGUCGUACAGUUCCAGCCAGGACCCGCCCGAGAAGUCCAUCCCCAUCUGCACCCUGAAGAACUUCCCCAAUGCCAUCGAGCACACGCUGCAGUGGGCCCGUGACGAGUUUGAAGGGCUCUUCAAACAGCCGGCCGAGAACGUCAACCAGUACAUACAGGAUUCCAAGUUCAUGGAGCGUACCCUGAAGCUGCCAGGGGCUCAGCCCCUUGAGGUCCUGGAGGCCGCCUUCAAGAGCCUGGUGACCGAGCGCUCCAAGAGCUGGGAGGACUGCGUGACGUGGGCGCGCAACCACUGGCAAAUCCAGUACAACAACAACAUCCGGCAACUCCUACACAACUUCCCCCCCGACCAGGUCACGACGUCAGGCACUCCAUUCUGGUCCGGCCCGAAGCGGUGUCCUCACCCACUGGAGUUCGACUCGAUGAACACCCUCCACAUGGACUACAGAUCCUACGACCGGGAAUACGAGUGCGACGGGAGUAAGGAGUACGGGAAGCAGGAGUACACGAGCUACGACCAGUCCGAGGAAUACAGAGAGGACAGUGACAGUUACAAGAGCUAUGAGAAUGCAGAGGAGCCCUUCAGCUUCCCGGGUGAUGGAGACUACAGGGACCAGGACUACAGGAGCGAGUCCGGUGAGGAGAAAGCCAGCAAGAUCAUCAUGCUCCGAAUGCUACCACAGUCUGCCACCGAGAACGACAUCCGGGUCCAGCUGCAGUACGCCGGCUACCAGCCUCGGGAGGUGCGGCUCAUGAGGAACAAAUCUUCAGGUCAAAGCCGUGGUUUCGCCUUCGUGGAGUUUAAUCACUUGCAGGACGCUACCAGAUGGAUGGAAGCCAAUCAGCACUCGCUCGUUAUUCUCGGCCAGCAAGUCUCCAUGUACUACAGCGAGCCAAAGCCCAAGGCCAACGAGGAUUGGCUUUGUAACAAGUGCGGUGUGCAGAAUUUUAAACGGCGUGAAAAGUGCUUCAAGUGUGGUGUCCCCAAGUCAGAAGGCGAGCUGCGGCUGGUAAGCGGAAGGAAGGACCUGCAGCUACCCCUCCCGGAGGGCCCACAGCCUUUACUCAAGUUCCCACAGCCGUUCCAACCCCCACAGUUACAUCAACAGCACAUGUUACACAGUCAGCAGCAGCAGCUCAACGAGAACGCCAACGACACUGUAAUAUUGCGGAAUUUGAACCCCCACACGACCCUGGAUGUGAUCCUCAACGCAUUGACUCCCUAUGCGGUGCUAUCUCCCUCCAAUGUGCGUCUCAUCAAAGAUAAACAGACCCAGCUGAACAGAGGGUUUGCAUUCAUACAGCUUUCAACCAUUGUGGAAGCCUCUCAGCUGCUUCAAAUCCUGCAGUCACUGCAGCCACCUCUCAACAUCGAUGGCAAAACCAUCAAUGUGGAGUUCGCAAAGGGCACAAAGAGGGACGUGGUGCUGACUGAUGGCAGUCGGGCAAGUGCCGCCUCUGUGGCUAGCACGGCGAUCGCAGCUGCGCAGUGGGCAGUCAACCAGAGUUCAGAUUCCGAUAGCCAAAGCACGUGGUUAAACCAGGAUGGACAAGGAGACUACCCGUACUACCAUCAGCAGAGCGGUCCGGACGAUGGGUACCAGCGACAGUACUCCCAGGGAUGUCACCAGUACUCCCAGGAUUACCAGCGGAGCUCGGAACAGCAGCAGAAGAGCACUGGGCGAGCGGCACCGCCAACGACAUACGAGGCACCCCCCACCACAGCAGAAACAUCUUCGGAGCCGGGAAUUCCUGGGGUCGAUCCCAUCACAAGUCCACUGCCGUACCCGCAGUCAGUUCAGACGCAAGCUGCUCCCCAGUUGUACCAGAAGUCAGACAGCACUUCAUCAUCAGACAGCACGCAGACCCCGCAGAUCUCACGGCCUCCGGUGACCCAGAAGGUGGAGAUCGUGGCCGAGCCACAGCUCAACAUCGGCCAGGGCUCGGCGGCGGGCAGCGGCGCCCAGCCUUCCUCCAGCUCCGGCGCAGGCACCCAGGACUACACCCAGUACCCCGUCCCAGACGUCUCCACCUACCAAUACGACGAGAUGUCGGGGUAUUACUACGACCCGCAGACAGGACUCUACUACGACCCCAACUCGCAGUACUACUAUAAUGCACAGACGCAGCAGUACCUGUACUGGGACGGGGACAAGCAGACCUACCUCCCGGCCCCCGACCAGAGUGGAGACGCUGCCAAGGACCUGGGCUCGAAGGAGGGCAAGGAGAAGAAGGAGAAACCUAAGAACAAGACUGCCCAGCAGCCGUGUCCACUUUUCCAGAUCGCCAAAGACAUGGAACGCUGGGCCAAGAGCCUGAACAAACAGAAGGAAAACUUCAAGAACAGCUUCCAGCCGCUCAGCUACAUGCGCGAUGACGAUCGGCGCGAGUCUGCCUCUGCAGACGCUGGAUAUGCCAUGCUGGAGAAAAAGAGUACCCUGGCCGAGAGGCAGCACGUCAUGAUGGAGCACCUGAAACGCACCACAGACAAGGUGAAGGACGAGGACAGCCGAUUGAGGGCGAGCCCGUUGCGCGGACUUGUGGCAGCCUACAGCGGGGAGAGCGACAGCGAGGAGGACCAGGACGAGGACCAGGAGGAGAAGCUGACGGACUGGCAGAAGCUGGCCUGCCUGCUCUGCAGGAGACAGUUCCCCAGCAAGGAGGCGCUCAUCCGACACCAGCAGCUCUCCGAGCUCCACAAGCAAAACCUGGAAAUACACAGGCGUUCGAAGCUCUCUGAGUCGGAACUGGAAGCUCUGGAGAAGAGCGAGAGAGAGUUCAAGUUCAGAGCAACAGAGAGACGAGGCAAACUGGGGAUGACAGACGCCAUCGAACCCAAGCGGAAAAGGACACAAUACGAUGGGAUGAGUCAUGGCCUCGGGAAUCGCAUGAUGCAGGCGAUGGGCUGGAAGGAAGGCACAAGACUGGGGCGUAAGGAGUCGGGAAUCGCCCCCUCCUCCAAGUAGACCUGAGGCUUUGAUCAAAUCUCACCAGCCAUAUCGUGAGGUGGGCCGCGGUGGAUCGGUCAGCACUCUCCCAGGGGGCCGACGUCCGACGGAGGGGCCGUGGGUCCCUGUCCAGGAAUCCACGGAGACGGCGCUCGACAGGACGAACUGAUCCCGGAUAUUUUUCCCUUUUUUUUUUGAGGGGAAUUAUAAAAGGAUUGUAAAUAUU